AUGACUAACGUGCCGUCCGAAAGAAGACCGGCGACGUGCGCCAACUUGAAGGCAGCAGCGAGGCGAAGCGACACCGUGAAAAGGCACGUGCGAGCGAGAAACGAAACUCCGUGGCGGAGGGAAACGGCGCUGAACUUCACUCGCAUCCUCGCUGCUGCCGCGCCGGUCGAGUUCCAACGUGCAGGACUGCGUGACCACCGCGUCGCCGAGCGAGUGAGUAAACGACGCCGUCGUUUCUUUCCGUCUUAUCGCGUUGUCGUCAAAAUCGGUCGGCUUAAGAAAAAUGAGGUACCGCUGUCCUCCAUGCAACUUACUCCCCUUCGACAUGCCGGUGGGCUGGCCGAACUUAUCGAUUUGCGUGGCGUUGGUAAAGUUGUUCGGUUCCGCGCCAAAGAAUGGACCAGCCAAAUUCCGCGUCGUCUAAGCAGUCUUAGCUGGUUUGGUGAAUUUUCGUUUCCAGCCGCCUACACCGGCAAGACGUUACCGUACACCGCUUACGCCUACUAA